AUGUCUGGGGCGGAGGUGAUCGCCGUUGUCGCCUGUGUGGCCGCAGUCGUCUCCGCCUACCACGAUGGAGGUCAACUUUUCCGUACUAUCAAGGAGAAAUGGCAUAAUCGCCGUCAUUCCAACGAGACCUCCGCCACGGACCUCGAGUGGUCGCUAGUUCGCGGCCACGAAGAUAUCCUCACGCACUGGAAUAUCCGCGCUGCUCACCUCGGCCGACGAUAUGAGGAGGGCGACGCUAUUGCUCGCGAGCAGAUGAAGGAUAUCGUUAUUACCUUGCAAAGCGCCCUUCUGACUCAUCUGCGAUACGCAGAGGGCCAUGAAGCGCGGCUGGAUAUGCUCAAGCUGCUUGCGGCGUCGGAUCGGGGGAGGGCCAGUACUAUAUCUGUGUUGCAUGAUUUGUAUCAGAGACAGGCUCAGACGGCGGCAGUUCCUUGGCCGAUUGCUCUGGCUGUUGGGCCUCCGGUUGUUGAUCCGUCAUCUAGUCUUGCGUAUUAUAUGGGACUGAUUGAAAGGCUGUCCUCGUCGCAGGUGGCGGAUACGAGGGACUGGUCUAGAGGGGGACGCGCCUCUGGGGGUACUAGUCUCCCUGGCAUGAUCACAGGCUCGCCGCCAGAGUCGCAUGGUUUUGUUCGUCAGGCUGAAUCCGUUAGUCUCCUGUCCCGUGAAAGACGAUCAUCGACCUUUGGAUCCAUCGGUUCCUGGUGGAAGGACAUCCGACGUCGGUCUUCUGCUGAUGCUACGUCUGUCGCGGAAGUUGAGUCUAUCCCGCGCCCUGCCUUCUAUUAUCCAGCCAUCCCACCGACGGCUUCCACGGAGCCAGAGAUCAGAGAAGACGAGUCCGAGGCGAUUGAAGAGCCUCCCAAGGUCAAGAAACAGAGGAAAAAAGUCGAACAGGACGAAAUCACCCGCGAACUGACAACUAACAUGUGGAACCACGAUACCAAGUCGGAAACUGAUUCAGAGACCGAGUUCGAAUCCGCUGAAGAAGGCGAUAUCCCACCCCUCCAAAGCCCACCCCAAAUCGGAGACCAUCCCAUCGCACCAACCCCAACUUCGGUUCCAGGACCAGCACCAGCACCCAGCGUAGCCUCCUCCACAACCCGCGUAUCAAACCAAGACCGCGCCUCGGCCCCAUCCAUCGCAUCCUCAGACACCACCUCCUCAAAUCCAUCCAUGUAUAUCCCUCGCAACCCAAAUGGAAUCUCCUACUGGCCCCCUAGCAAAGACAACAAAUAUUCGGGCUUCUGCAAAGGCGCCUGGAAACUCUCCUCCGGCAUGGGCGGACUCAAAGUCCACUCCGAACCCGUCGGCUACUUCACCCUAAUUACCAAAUUACGCUGCUACAAAUGUUUCUUCGCAAUGCCUCUCGCCAAAGAGAGCAGCCGGAAUGACCACCGCCCUGACACACACGCGUACGUGCAUAAAGCAACGGGGAUUCGCUAUCGCUGGUUCUUUCUCGCCAAGAGUCAUGUCGAAUGUAAGCGGGCUGGUGUGGAGAUGCCGAAUUACGUUCGGGGGGCCUUUGGGUGUAUUUUUUGUUGUGCGCAGAGGAAUGAGAUGGCGCCUAGGUUUGAGACGUUGGAUGCGUUUAUGGUACAUUUGGGGGAGCAUCGGUGCAUGAAUGCUGCUGCACUUUUAGAGAGGACGAGGUGUGUUGUGGGGAGGAUUGCGGGUGACGAUGAGGAAUUUGAUAUUAAUAUUCCACCUACGCAUACUAAUGAUUGA